AUGAAGGAGCGACGAAGGAGCUCACUUCCACGACAUGGGAAAGGAUCAUGGGAUGAGGAAAAGAAAGAAAAGGUGCAAGGUGAGGAGAUAUCGAGAGGUAGAAUAGGUGAAAUGAGUUCAAAGGAAUUAGUUAAGACACGCUUCUUUAGCACAGGCCACAGAGUGAAGUUGGAAGGUUCAAUGAACUACGCGAAGGGGAAAUCUUGGGCGCUAUUGUUGUCUAUAUACAAGUGGCGUAGGCGAAGCUGUGGCGACUCGUGGAGUAGACAGCGAGCUCCGCUUGAACAGAAAGCAGCAAGCUGCAAGCACUACUCCAAAAGCAGUGAGCUCCGCAACAAAAGCGAAGCGAGCCGCGGUAGCCUAUUAAGUUUUUCAGUCUUUUCAACGUUCCAGGCUCAAGUGCCUGUUCAUCCAUCUUCAUUCCAAAGGCGAGCAUAUCCAUUGAGUGACUCGGCUGGGCGAGAACAAGAAGGGGUCGUCGUCCGGCGGCCGUCUACUAAGCGAAGAGCCGCUCGCUUCCUUUUAUUCGCACAUAAGAUGUGCAGGUUAGGGGAAGAGAAGCAAUCUAGCCCCGCCUACCUCCCAUCUAUAUCUAUAGGCGGCAAUGGUCGGGGCUUUCUGCCUUGUUAUCAAAAACGGGGUUGGGUAAAGCAAACUCCCUCCUUGGACGAGCACGGGCUUAGUCAAGUAGAACCGGGUUGCGCUGCUGGAUGCUCCGAUCGAAAAGAAAUCAGUGGGGCCAUGCCGGGGCUCUCUAUCUGUGUCUUUGUUCCUACCAGCCUACCUUGUUCAUAUCGAGCCGGACAGGAGAGACCCUCUUUCAAGUUAAGAGAAGCAAUUCCGCUUGAAAAUAGGCGCUGUAAAUCAAUUCAAAUAGAUAGGGGAGUUCCGAACCAGCAGCAAGCCCUUUCUAAUGUCCUAGGCGAAGGCAGUGCAGGUGAAAGCCCAAUAGAUCCCAUUUUUUUGAUCGCUCCACAUAGCUCACGACCCGGCACGAAGAAAUCUCUUAGAUGGGCGGAUGCGAAUCUGGAUCUAUCAACGGAGCAAUUCCAUUCCAGUCUUAGUCUCAAUCCCAUAUUCAAUGUGCCGUCUCCGCCGUGUCCGACCCCCUCAAUCUUUCUCCGACUAAUAGACUUGAUACCGUUCCGUUCCGCUCAUGCUCCUUGA